UUUUUUCCUGCUCCAGUGAUGACUGUUUUCUCCUGCCCGAGUGAUGACUGUUUCCUGUUUUCCCCACCCCAGUGAUGACUGUUUCCUGUUUCCUCCAGGCCCAGUGUCGUCUGAGUGAGUCUCAGCAGCGUCUGGACCUGCUGCACUUGUCUCUGGAGCAGCGUCUGUCCGAGCUCCCCGCCGACCACCCCAAAGCCUGCCUCAUCCGCGACGAGCUGCUGCUGACCGCGCGGCCCGCCGCACCCUACACACACACCAAGUACAGCACCCUCAGCAAGCCUUCACCACUCACAGGUACUCUUCACGUGACCCUGCUUGGCUGUGUGGGCGUGUUGGAGGCGGUUCCAGGGCGUUGCCGGGGAACGGCGGUCGUGUUGCCGUGCUACAGUCCCGGAGAGGGGCGGUCCUUCAUGAGAGGAGGGCGGAGCCUAUAUGCUAGGAGCGGAAGUGUCAGCGGCAAAACACCCUGCAAGGCCGACGAGCUCUCGACGGAGGUGAGUGCUGUUUUAAAGCAGGAUAACUGCGUGGUGGGCCAGACUGCAUGGAAGACAGUGGGAGAGCAGGCAUGGGACCAGACCUUCACUGUGGAGCUGGAGAGGUCCAGGGAGAUGGAGAUCGCUGUGUACUGGAAGGACUACCGUUCUCUCUGUGCGCUGAAGUUCCUGAAGCUGGAGGAUUUCCUGGACAACCAGAAACACAGAGUCCAGCUGGAGCUGGAGCUACUACUGGCCCAGGUGACCUUCUUUAACCCCGUGAUUGAGCGCGUUCCUCGUCUGAAGAGGCAGAAGAAGGUCUUCUCCAAACAGCAGGGUAAAGCGUUUUUGCGAGCGCGGCAGAUGAACGUGGACAUCGGGACCUGGGUCCGUCUGCUGAGGAACGCCAUCCCCACCGUUAACAGCACCGGCACCUACAGCCCCAACGCACACAACCUGCCCUCAGGGGAGAUCUCGGUGGAGAAGUUGAGUCUGGACUGUGACUCUCCUCUGAGGUUUGAGUUCAGGAGAGACAUGGUGGACACUGCCACGCCGGAGCGGUUACCUGUAUCUGAGUCCUUCUCUAGUCCUGACGUCACUCCAGAACGCCACAGCAGAACCGUCUCCAGUAAGCAAAAGAAGGCUCCUUUGUCUCUUGAGGACUUCAGACUCAUCGCUGUCCUUGGAAGGGGACACUUUGGGAAGGUGUUGCUGGGAGAGUAUAAGAAGUCAAACACGAUGUACGCCAUCAAGGCCCUGAAGAAAGGAGACAUCAUGGCCAGAGACGAGGUGGACAGUUUGAUGUGUGAGAAGCGGAUCUUUGAGACGGUGAAUAACUCCCGGCACCCGUUCCUGGUGAACCUGUUUGCGUGUUUCCAGACGCCGGAGCACGUGUGUUUCGUCAUGGAGUACACGGCCGGGGGCGACCUUAUGAUGCACAUACACACCGACGUCUUCACCGAGCCACGCGCUGUGUUUUACGCUGCCUGUGUGGUUCUCGGCUUGCAGUUUCUCCACGAUCAUAAGAUUGUGUAUCGAGAUCUGAAGCUGGACAACCUUCUGCUGGACACUGACGGCUACGUCAAAAUCGCAGACUUUGGCCUCUGCAAAGAGGGUAUGGGUUUCGGGGACCGCACCGGCACGUUCUGUGGCACUCCGGAGUUCCUGGCCCCCGAGGUGCUGACGGACACGUCCUACACACGAGCAGUGGACUGGUGGGGUCUGGGCGUGCUCAUCUACGAGAUGCUGGUGGGAGAGUCUCCAUUCCCUGGUGAUGAUGAGGAGGAGGUGUUCGACAGCAUAGUGAAUGAUGAAGUCCGUUACCCACGAUUCCUCUCCAGCGAAGCCAUCGGGAUCAUGAGACGGUUGCUGCGUAGAAACCCUGAGCGUCGCCUGGGCUCCAGUGACAAGGACGCAGAGGAAGUGAAGAAGCAGCCUUUCUUCAGGAACAUCGACUGGGAGGCGUUGCUGUUGCGGAAGGUCCCUCCCCCCUUCCUGCCGUGCAUCGUGGGUAAGGAGGACGUCAGCAACUUUGACGAGGAGUUCACCUCCGAGGCGCCUGCCCUGACGCCGCCCCGCGAGCCCCGCCCCCUCUCCCGCAAGGACCAGGACAGCUUCAAGGACUUCGACUACGUCUCCGACCUCUGCUGAAGUGGGACGCCAGUGACCACGCCCACCUGCGGACGCCAGUGACCACGGCCCCAGCUGCAGUCACGCUGUGGUCAGCUGAUGGAGGGGAGACGGACUGGUGGUCAUUUUCUCCACUGUGACUACACACUAAACCAUGAAGAUGAGGAGGAUGAACGAAUGAACGAACGAAUGAACGAACGAAUGAAUGAACGAAUGAACGAACGAAUGAACGAAUGAACGAACGAAUGAACGAAUGAACGAAUGAAUGAAUGAAUGAACGAAUGAAUGAAUGAAUGAGUGGGUGAAUGAGAGGAGGGGGGCACAGGAUGAAAUGAAUGAAUGAGAGGAGUAGGGCACAGAAUGAAAUCAAUGAGUGAGUGAAUGAAUGAGUGGGUGAAGAAAUGAAUGAAUCUGCCUCAGAUAAAAGCUAACAGAGAAAAGUCUGACUUUUUUUUUUCCAGACUGGACCACUGUGGGGUGGGAUUUUUUAAUCACGUGUGUGUUUUAAAAAAGAUGCGCUCAGAUGAGCCUGCAAAAUCAUGGGAACAAUGAGCUGCCCCACAUCCCCACCUUCAGAACACAGAUUCUCUCUCUCCACGACAACAAUCACCCCCGGCAACAGGGGGUCUCCUCUGAAAGAGCCUCUGGGUCUGCACUAGAUCACGCACGCACACAUUCUAACAUGUGAAAGGCACCCUUUUCCCAAAACAAAGAUGGCUGCCACUGCCAGCUCAAACAGAAUCGUGUUCUGAAAUGGAUUUUGUUGUGACAUUAUGGAGAUCCACUAGGUCCGCAUUAGAUCGAGACCAGAUCUAACUCUAAUUCUUAGAAACCUGCAUUUAAUAUGUUUCUAGCUCAGUGCAGAAGCUGGAUACCUAGACCAUAUUUGGAACUGGUUUUGGAGGGACUGGUCAUCAUUUUUGAGGUUCUAGAUUUCAAUCUCAAUUUCUCCUUUCUGCAGACACUAUUUUUUGCUAUGUUUAGAGUGACAAUUUCAGGUUUCUACUACAAAGCUGUGAUGUUUUUUUAUUGAAAGAUUUGACGUGUUUUUUUUUUUUUGUCAGACCUGGAUUGCCUUAAAAUAGUUGUGUAUAAUGGUAGUUUAUUCGAAGGAAAAAAAAAGUAAUUUCAUCAAGGUCCACUUCAUAUUCGUCAGGCAACAGAGCUGCAACUCUUGAUGUCUGGCUUUCCAGCAGGUUCCAUCCUGCAUGCCUUUCACUCGUACUGCUAGAAUGAAUUCAGCAGAAGAACCCAGACACCAGCUGGAUGUGUUCACUCGUACUGCUAGAACGAAUUCAGCAGAAGAACCCAGACACCAGCUGGAUAUGUUCACUCGUACUGCUAGAACGAAUUCAGCAGAAGAACCCAGACACCAGCUGGAUGUGUUCACUCGUACUGCUAGAACAAAUUCAGCAGAAGAACCCAGACACCAGCUGGAUGUGUUCAGGUGCCGUGCCAAGGCGGGAAGGUCCACCAUUUACACAGAAUUCCUCAUUGGUUCAUUUUAACUCUGAAGGAUGACGAUCAGUCUCUAAGGACUUUGCAGACUUUGUUCACACUUGAGAAGAGAACCUCACCUCCCUACACACACACACACACACUCUUAUGUACACUGUGACUAAUUAAGAGCUGGUGGGUAAUCUAGAGAGUCAUGCCUUGACCCUUAAGCAGGGGAGUUUUGAACAUUCUGUUCCGCAACAAUGUAAGGUUCUAAAAUUCCAUGUUCAAUUCCAUGAAGAUACCCGGAUAUUCUUUAGAACGUUCAAUUUCCAACAUUCACGUCACACCGGCUUAAGGGCUAAUUAUGUAACUCCUCACUCCGUGACUGACGUGUUGUUGUUGUUGUUGUUGUUCUGGUUUGUCUAUUUUUAUUGUUAUUUUCUUUCCUCUUCUGUUUUUAUUUUUGAAUUUCCUGAAAUGUGGUAAAGGGGUUCAGGGGACUCAUUGUUCCCUGUGUUACCAUAGCAAUACCAACCUGUGAAAGACAGAUAGCGGAUGGGCCCUGUCCGUUCCCUUUUCUGCAGCCAGUGUAACUGUGUCCUUGUCUGAGCUACAUGUGGGGGGGGGGGGUUGUUAUUUGUCAAUAACAAAUGACAAACCCAGCUAAGUUAAAGGAACACGCUAAUGUUUUGGGAAAUUUAAUUAGCUUAUUUGUUGUCUACCCCAGAGUUCGAUUAAGAGGAUGCAUAUCUUUCUGUAGAUAAGCCAAAUAAGCUAAUUUCCUCUGAGUUUCAGCAGUAAAUCUGCUAAUAGAAGAGUAUCAUGGUUUAUGUUUUUACCAUAUGGCUCUUAUAUUAGGAGGUUUACUGCUUACUCUGAGUUAACUCAGACAGGCUUGUCACUUAGCAACACCCCCUACCCUUCAGCUAGACCAGAGUUAACGAGGUAACAAGUUAACAAGUCUCUGUUCUGAUUUCAGUAGUACUGUUGUCAUUGGUUCCUUCCGUAUGCAUAAAUGAAGUGUGUGAUUUAGUCUUCUGAUUUUAGUUUUUUUUUUUUUUUUUUUUUUUUUUUUUUAAACAACACAUUAUGUGAGAGUGUAUGUAAUUGUCUCCAUGGUAACUAAGGGCUCCGUUUGAAACAACGAGACUGUGAAGACCAGUGGUGGGAUUAUCAUUGGACUGAUUCUUGGGCUUCAGUGGAAUGAUAAACUUUUACAAGAAACAAAA